GCCGCUGAAUGGACAAGAUCAUUGGUCAUAACCUGUAUUACAGUUUUAACAUGUUUAAGUCUAGCUGCCACUUUUGGAAUGUCCAAAGGAGCCUAUCCCCUUUUUUAUUAAUCAGUGUUUAUCUAGCAACUGCGCAUUUACCACUGAGUAGGGAGCAGCAACUGAGUCCAAUAGUCCAAUUAGCACUGAGGAAGAUGUGUAACUAAGUCACCAUAGAAACCAGGUUUCCCCAAACACAAGUAUUGGAAACACACGUGAUAAAACUUGCUGGACAGAACCCUCUACUUCCACUAACGGGCUCACAGCUCACCUGCUAGUUUUGGGAAUGGGCCAAGUGUCUUUGAUGCACUCCAAACUCCUGCAACAAAAUAUUAUACAGUGCAUGUUUGUUUAUGAUGUUAAACCUGAACCUUGAUUUAAACUAUGACUAAUGUUAUGUGAGUGUUUUACCUUUGUAGAUGAGCACCCCAGUGACAGCCAUGCUUCCCAGAGAGAGGGGAAGAGCUGAGAGGAACAUGAGAACAGAGAUUUUCAGCUGCACACCCAUUUGUCUACACUGGCCGGCAUUCACAAAAUCUACCACACCCUGCACAGGCUGAACCUGACGGAGGACGUUGGACAUAACGGUCACUCCACAGCCUGCUGCUCCAGAGCCAUGCCUCCUAGGAAAAAGAGGAGACCCACUGCUGGAGAUGACCUGUCAGCUAAGAAGAGUCGCCAGGACAGUGUUUUUAGAAAACAUGAGGCACCACAAAUCCGAGAGGAGGAGACCUUCUCCAGUAAAAGAUGUCUGGAGUGGUUCUACGAAUACGCAGUCUGUGAUGAUGUUGUGGGGCCAGAGGGAAUGGAGAAGUUCUGUGAAGACAUUGGAGUGGAACCUGAAAAUGUGGUGAUGCUGGUUCUGGCCUGGAAGUUAGAUGCCCAGAGUAUGGGCUACUUCACCCUACAGGAGUGGUUGAAUGGCAUGGGCUCCCUGCAGUGCGACUCCACAGAGAGGCUGAGGAACUCCCUGGACUACCUGAGGUCUGUCCUAAACAACACCACCAACUUUAAGCUCAUUUACAGAUACGCCUUCGACUUUGCUCGGGAAAAGGACCAGAGGAGUUUAGACCUGAACACAGCCAAGUGCAUGUUGGGGCUUCUCCUGGGAAAGACUUGGUCACUGUUUCCUGUGUUCAAUCAGUUUUUAGAGCAAUCUAAGUAUAAGGUCAUCAACAAAGACCAGUGGUGCAACGUUUUAGAGUUCAGCAGGACAAUCAACCUAGACCUCAGUAACUAUGACGAGGAUGGAGCCUGGCCAGUUUUGUUGGAUGAGUUUGUGGAAUGGUACAAAGAAAGAGAGAUGUUAUAGCAUCAGGUACACUGCCACAAAUGUCAACAAAACAACAUAAUACGACGACGACGGCUAUGAGAAAACAAACUAUACAAAAUGGGAGAGGUGUCAGUGAUGACAAGGGGUGCUUCCAGGUAAUGAUUGCAGGGGGGUGUAAGGUCCAAAACUGGGUGUAAGCUGCCCUGGCGAGAUUGGGAUGUAGAUUACUUAUGGUCACUAUGGAGACGCCAACUAUCUCCAGAUAAUGUUCCCUACCCAUGUUGCAUUGUGGUUAAGCACAUGGCAGCCCCUGUGGCGUUGCACCCCCUCGCUGUGUGAUAGGAUAACUGUUCUCAUGAGUGGCUGACGUGGGCUAAAUGGUUUUGUGUGAGAGAGAAAUUCACUUUUCAACCCUUUGCUCCCGUGAGGAGGAAUAAAACAAAUGAAAUCCCUCCCUUUUGAACAGUUGGUCUUAAGUCUUAAAUCAAGGUCAUUUUGACCUGGGCACAUUUGAAUAUUGUAUAUCCGUGCUUUGAACUUGAUCUGUGCUUGUCUCUUUAUAACCUACAGAACCCAUUGUUUUCUAUCAGUUUUGUCCUAUAGUUGGGUUGAAUAGGAAUUCUUACAGAAGUACAUUGUCAGGCUGAGUGUUACAGUAGUUGUUUUAGCCAUGGUCCCUAAAGCUGUUAGAGGUGGAUGAUGACACCUCCACAGUUUACUAUAACAAAGUAAUUUGUGCCAGUGAUUUGAGCCCCCAGUGGUUUUCAUCCCCAUGCUCACUAUGAUACCACCAGCCUGUGCUAAAGCAUUUUAGCCCCCUGCGAAGGCUUCAGUUGACCUCAUACCACAACUAACCAAUCAGCAAUGCUGCCUAUUAACUCUUACUACAGUGCAGUUGUUAGUGGACUGGCCAGCAUUCAUGGUUUACGUGACCAAUCUAUGUUUCUAAGCUGUAGGUUUGUAAGAGUAUAUAUUUUUUUUUUCUCACAUUUUUUAUGGGGGUUGCUUUAAUUGCUCAACACACGCGAGUGAGCGCACACAGUGGUCAGGGAUUAGAUCAGGAUGAAAUGAGACUUUUGGGCUUAUCAUUCAAGAGGUCUCAAAACUAUGGACAUUGAAGGGUUAGAAUUAGACCCCUGUGACGAUGCUAUGCUUUUGCUAAUGUUCUUGUAACACAUGUAUAAACUUUUGUCAAUGGCUGUGAUGUGACGCUCAAUUGUCAUGAGUGAAACGUUGCAUGCACGCUCUCCGUCAGAGACGUCUGUGAAUGGAUGAGAUUUUUGAAAACUUGUUUUGUUGUUUUUUUGUACAGGAAUUUGUGCUUCAUUUGAUAUCCUCCAUGUUGUCUUAACGCUUUAUGAAAACCAUGAUUGUGUAUAUUCAGAGCUGAAACACACGUAACCUCAUUUGAGGAUGAGGAGUUCCCUCCUGCAUUUGCCAACCCCUCCCCCCAUCACACACAGUAAAAAACGACAAAGAACCCCACUGUCAGUCUCAAACGGCCUCCCUGUGGCUCAGUUGGUAGAGCAUGGUGUUUGCAACGCCAGGGUUGUGGGUUCGAUUCCCACGGGGGGCCAGUACGAGGAAAAAAAUAAAAAGGGAUGAAAUGAAUUGAAAUGUAUGCAUUCACUACUGUAAGUCGCUCUGGAUAAGAGCGUCUGCUAAAUGACGUAAAUGUAAAUGUAAACAAAUGGACAUGAACUGAAAUUAACAUGAGACUGCGUGUGUUGUAAGAAUGGUGUCAGAUCUUUUGACAUGUCAAUCAUUGAUUGGUCAAAACCAGUGGCAUCUGAUCCACAACUAAAGCAUGUACAGUAUAUGGAUCGAUUCAUGAAGUAGUAAGGUCAGAUGAGAUCUCCACCUAUCAGUGAUCCAUGAUGCUUUGGCUGGCCUGUCCAGUCAUCAGUAUAUUUGUCUAUAUUAGGUUUUUGGAGAUGGAGCUAGUGGCUGGACUGCGCACUAAUAAUAAGUCUAAUUCAGAUGGUGUUCAACAUUGGUAAUGCAGGAGGUUGAACAACCCUGUCCUGACUGUAUAUGUAUGUACAGUAUGUAUGUGUCUGUUUUCACUGUAACCUACAGUAUCUCUAUAUUAACUUACUGUUGUCAUUCAUUUUUGCUUUGCCAUCUUCCUUUACAGAAAGAUUCAAAUGUGGUUUGUGAUGAUGUUCGUUCUGUGUUUUUAAAUUGCACAGGAUCAUGUUUGAUUCCGCUACUGUAGGCCUAAUGUAUUUUUACUAUUGCAUUACCACAGUAAUUACCACGUCAUGUGUGCACCUUAUUAUCCAGGUACCCAUAGAUCAACUGAUAUAAAAACAUCACAAACACAAUAUGGGCGAAUUUCAUUACAGGUUUAUGAUGCAUCGGCCUCCACAUAAUGUGGAGGCAGUGUCAUGAAGAGAUUAUUUUGUAGCAAAAUAGAGGGGAGUAGGGUAGCGAGUGAGUAAAGCAGGUGGAUAUGAAUCUGGGAAAUUGGGUUUUAAUGGUCCCACCUUUUAUUUGCCUUAGUCUGAAAUAAUUCAGUCACUUAAACAGCUAUUUUCAUUAAGACAAACAUGUCUGGUGUUACACUCAUUUACAACAAUGUAAUAACAGUAUAAUUCUGUAAUUAAAAUAAACAAGUUACGUUUUAACAACUUUCA